AUGCACCACCCCCGCCUAGCCGACUACUUCGAAGACUUCACGCGGCCACACACCUCACUCACCUCCGCCUCCUCCACCAGCACCACCUCCACCACGCACCCCCACACCACACCACGCACCACGCACCCCCACCCAUCCCACUCCCACUCCCAGAGCCACAACACCCUCUCCGCCUCCCCCACAAGCACGCCCUCGUUCCUCCCCGUCGAGGAAAUCUACCUCCUGCCGCAGUAUCAGCCGCCCAACCCGGAGGACGAGGAUGAUGUGACACUCUACGGGUCGGUCGGGUUUAUAACAGGGUACGGCUGGGAUGGGGGCUAG